AGAUCCAGAAAAGUAAUAUUAUUCAUAAAUUCAAAGAAUCAAGAUUCAGUUUGAUGAAGAGUCUUCCAAAGAAACAGCUGAACUCCUAGAUAGAGAUACAGGUGAACUCCUAGAUAGAGAUGAACGGAUUUGUUCUUUUUUCCCUCCUCACUGCACAAGUAACUCAAGGAACAUUGUUUGGUAUUCGAAUUCGUGAUGCUGCCCCCUUAAACAACGGGUAUUCUGCUCCAAACCAACCUCCCAGAUAUAAUCCAUAUCAAUCUGGAAAUGUGCUGGAUGGGAUUAACAAUUUGAAGGCUGGAGCUCUCAGAACUGGAUCCAAUGCUCUUAGGUUUAAGGGAAACUUGUUUUAUGGAGGAGCCAAUGCUCUAGACAAUGCAGCAAAUAAUCUGAGUCCGAUGCAGAUUGCUAUUUUGAGACAAAACCAAUUAAGCUCACUAGAGCUUCCACUUCAAGGGAAUGGAAAUCAGCAAUAUGGGAGCAGCUACCAGAAACCUUCCUACAGACCUUCAACUGAUGUUAUACCGAAGGAAAACAUGUUUAACAUGAUGAAUGAUAUGAAUGAAUUUGAUUCAAUGACCCCCAUGAAUCCAGGUUCAGUAUCAGAUGUGGAUUUAGCUUCAGAAACCGGUUUUGUACGAGGUUUACCUGGAAUCCCGGACACUGUGGAUGUUGGACUUUUGGAUGAUAUCUCAACAUCUUCACAAAGGCUAAGGGUUAAAAGUCUUAGAUCCAGUUUAAUAGGCCCCAGAAUCCAACAGUGUGAAGAGAAAUUAACCCAGCUUGUUGGAGACAUCUUUAUUGGGAAUGAAAUGAUUCCAGAUAUUAUUGAGUCUCCCCCUCUCUACCCUUUAGACCUAACAUACAGAACAGUUCGAACUUUUCCUGGAAUGAGGGUUACAGCUGGUACCACUAGAUACAAACCAAUGAUGCACUGGCCAUCUGAAGAUGGAGCAUUGUAUACUCUUAUUGUUUCCAAUUUGGAUAUUAACACACGGAAAAACAGAACCUUAUCUGAAUUCUGGCACUGGUUUGUAGCGAAUAUACCUGGAGACUCUGUAGAUGACGGAGAGGUCGUCUUUGAUCUUCUUUUCCCUCUUGUACUGCCAGAAGGAAACGGUGAUCAUAGAUUUGGAUAUUUUGUGAUGAAGCAACCUCGAGCCCUGGACUACAGUGAUGAGGGUGGUCCAACGGACUCCUGUAGUCCACAGAUGUCCAACGGACGAGGUCCACGGAGGUCAACUAAGGACUUUAUGAAGAAAUAUGGACUUGAACUUACAGCUUCUACAUUUCUAAUUAUUGACUCAGACGAGACAAGUCUGGAGAUUGCCUGCAGAUGGCAGACAUGUAUGGGAGGACAGACCUUUGUUCGGAACUUGGAUUGCCUGUAGGUGCAUGUACACUGUACAGUGUACACAGUACACACUGUCCAUCUCAGAUUUUUUAAUUCAAAAAUUGUAAUAUAUUGUUUUUCUUCGGCUGUUGUAUUGCUUGUAAUGAUUUAAGACUGGGAAAACUAUAGUCUGUGUUUGUAUUUUAAAUUCAUGUUCUAUGAUAUAACUCUGUAAAUCAAAAGUAUGUUUACAAGAUCAAUUAUGCCAUCGUUUUAGAUUCUUAAUUUUCGUGAUUACAUUUAAUAUUUUUACACUGAAAAAUUUAAUUGACUUUUUUAAAAUGAAAUUUUAGCUUUGAUAAAGGAAAUGCGAAAUGUUCUUUCUUAUACUAAUAUCAAUUUUAGGUUAUGAAUUGUAUCUACCUGGCAAGUUAUUUUCUAGGCCAAAUUAUAAAAAAACAUGCACUAAAUAAAUUUCGCAGUUUUUGUUUAUUUUCGUAAAUUGAUGAGGUUAAUAUUACGACACAGAUAUGUUCUGAAAUCUGUGGAAUAAGAAGAUGAUGGUUAGACAAAUUAUGAUUUUAAAUCGUCCAUGGUAAGUU